GUUUAGUUAUUCAUCCUGAUAAGUCAGUUACCUCCCCAUCACAAGAAGUUAUUAUUCUGGGGUUUGUUAUAAAUUCCAUAACCAUGACUAUUAGAGUUACAAAUGCGAAGAAGGAAAGAAUCAAAACGUUUUUGAUAGCGGCUAUUGAAAAUCCCAUAGAUAUUUCUAUAAGGCAGGUAGCUAAGAUUAUUGGUUACCUAGUCUCCACCUUACCUGGAGUCCAGUAUGGAGCUCUGUACUACCGAUACCUUGAAAUGGACAAAGUAUCAGCUCUAAAAAUAUCAAAAGGUAAUUUUGAUGCCCCCAUGACUAUUUCUAAGGAUGGCCUUGUAGAGUUGAGAUGGUGGGUUAAUCAUAUAGACGAAAGUUUUAAUUAUCUUAUGAUCCCCCCAAUCGACAUUACAAUAUACUCUGAUGCAUCCUUACAAGGAUGGGGAGCAGUACUAGGUGAUACAUCUUCAGGGGGGAGGUGGUCACCUGAUGAAUGCACAAAUCACAUCAAUUAUCUUGAACUUCUGGCUGCAUUUUUUGCCCUAAAAUCAUUUUGCACUACCAUUCAGGGUAAGCAUGUAAAACUCAUGAUAGAUAAUACAACAGCAGUAGCAGUAAUUAACAACAUGGGGUCUUGCCAUAGUCGUGCCUGUCACUCGGUUGGUUGCCAGAUCUGGCAAUUUUGUGUAGAAUAUAACAUUUGGCUUACCGCUGCUCACAUUCCUGGUGCUAAAAAUGUCUUAGCAGAUAAAAAAUCGCGCCAUUUUCAGAGUCAGGAUAAAGAAUGGAAACUUAAUCCACUGUCAUUACAUGAUGCGCUCAAUACUUUAAAAUUUCAACCUGAGAUAGAUCUUUUUGCAUCAUGCUUAAAUAAGCAGUUUUCUCUAUAUUGCUCUUACAGGCCAGACCCUGAAGCAAUGUUUGUUGAUGCAUUUUCUAUCUCAUGGGCUGACUCAAAGUUUUAUUGUUUCCCUCCGUUUAGUUGUUUGUUACAGGCCGUGAAGAAAAUAAUUCAGGAGCAUGCCCAGGGAAUUUUAGUUGUCCCAGACUGGCCCACCCAGCCUUGGUAUCCACUGUUGGCCCCGCUUCAUGUUCAACCUCCAGUGGUUCUGGAACCCAGUCGCACACUGCUGACCCUUUGUCACUCUCCGAAAAUAAUUCAUCCCCUUUGCAGAAAGCUGAAACUUUUAGUAUGUCAUGUCUCAGGCAACAAUUACUACGAGGCUACUCGUUAAGAUCCAUCGAAAUCAUUGAAUCAUCAUGGAGGGAUAGCACAAAAUCUCAAUACCAAGUGCAUCUACAAAAAUGGUUACAAUUUUGUAUGGAGAGGGAUUGUGAUUUCAUCUCCCCCAACUUACCACAGGCGUUAGAUUUUCUGUCAUCUCUGUUUGACUCGGCUUUAUCUUAUAGCUCACUAAAUUCG